AUGACAUUUUGUGAAGACUUGUCCAGUCCCGAUACUUACAUCGGCGAUGAGAACUGUUCAGUAUUUGUCAGCAGCGAAAAUAAUGAUCUAAAGAUACACGAUCGAAAUAAUUAUGAACACGAUAAUAAUGAGGCGGGAGGACGAUAUGGAUGGAAAAGCAUUGGUUCAAUCGAUUUUAUCAAUAUUGGCGGAUGUGAUGUACUAGUACUACCGUCCGUAUUGAAACGGUUAUUGCGAUAA